CUGGUCGACAGAGGCAGCCUUUUUCCUUAGGAAUUGUUAAAUAUGUCUCUGAAUUCCAUCUCUCCUGGGAAAUAUUCACAGGAUUCGCCAUCACAUUCAGAUCUUCAGACUUUCUUCUCGGCUAAAAAUUAAAAUACAGAAACGCUUCUUGAUGAGUGAAAACAAACAGGGAAUUUAGCUCAAGAUCAACAUCGAAUAAAAAUAUCAUGGAGUGUGAUACUGAUGCCAGUGAUGAAGAUGUUCUCUUUGAGAAUUCCCCACUUUAUCAGCAUUUAAUCGAAUCAGGAGUAGAAAACAUUUCAUCAGAGAAAACAGUCUUGAGUGAAAAGGACAAUGUACAAAAGAGGACAAUCCAUAUUUCUCAGCAAGAUUUGGCAGGUUCAGGUGUGUUUACGAAAUGUGCAGGAUGUUUUUCAAGCAUUGUUUCCAUUUUACUGGGAUUAAUCCAUUUGAAAUCAGAAGUGAAUGAAAUAAAAUUGUUCUACAGAGACUGUAUACUGGAGAAGUCACUACAUCACAAAGCGCUGGAGGAAGAGGAUAAAAAUUACUUGAAACAUUUCUCUGGGCAGAGGCAGACAGAGUACCUGCAAGGGAGACAAGACCCUGCCCUAGUUUCCAAAAUUAUUCUUAUGUUUGGUAUCCCGCUCCUUACAUCGUAUUUCUAUGGAAGACUUAUGUGGCCAGCUUAUCCUUGGAAAUACAAACAGAUGACAGAUGCUGUGUCAGUAUUAACUGCCGUGUAUUUCCUGUAUCUGAUUGGCAAGGCUUUGUACCUUGCCUGGUACAAAUGGUCACUAGAGGGCUCUGUACAGGAAGUAACAGAGAUGUUAGGGGCUGGAGAGGACUUCUUUAGAUGGACGUCUAAAUGUUUACGGCUUAUUCAGGAGACAGAGCUUGUGGCGAGGGGAUUUACCUUAGUUAGCCAUAAAAGUCCACUGAGUCGAAUUGAACAAAAUGGAAUGCUGGGAUAUCAGAGGCAGUGUCCACAGUUGAGAGCCCAGCUGUUUAUCCUGUGUAGAGACUGUUUGAUAGCCACUAAAGACUGGACAAGCCAGCUCAUAGCAAGGAGCCCUAUAUCAGCUGACAAGUCCAUUAAUUUCUUGGCCCACAUUUCCCUUGAGGAGUAUGGUCCUUGUCUACAGGUGAAGGGAGACAACCAAGAAUCUCAAAAAGAACUGGAAAAUGUCACAGAUGGGUUCUCUGUGUCAGCCAUAAAGGGAGUUAACCAGGUCUGUAAGAUGCAGUAUUCUGAGCUGUGUAGAAGUGUAGUCCUCCGAGUUCUUCAGUCUCUGGAGUCCCAUGGCAGUGAUCCACUGAUUACCCAGGGUGUACAGGAGAGGUACCAGCAGUGUACUAAGGAGCUGGAGACUCUGUAUGGCUAUUACAACAGUGUGACAUCACCCUCAGAAACACUACCCCCAAAACAAGACCUCAGCAAAAUGAAUGACCUUGACAUAGCAGUUCACAGCCUUGACCUUCAUCUACAGGCAGCUUUAUUAAGGGUCAGAAAGUUAUCAGUCCUUCUGAAACAUUCACCCAAUCAGGACACAAAUACUAUGGACAAGCUGACCAGCAGUGAACCAAUGGACAGUCUACUGGACCAAAUCAAACAGGAACUGCUGGCCAGCAAAGGAUGCUGGGAAGAAGGACUGGAACGCCUUCAAAAGUUGUAUAAAUAUCAACCAAUUCCAGCUGAGAGGACAAAUGAGGGAGAGAAGCAGACAGUUCACACCCAGAUCCCCAUGGAUGUGCCCCCUGUAGACCUAUUCAACACUGGUCCACCCAUCAUAGAGGAUGAGGUGUUUGAGGCUUAUAUUGAUGAGGAGGUGGACACUGACCCUGAUUACAGCUGGGACGAGUAUCUCACCCCAGAGGAAAAGGAGAGAAAGAAGAGGGAGAAACAGGAAGCCCUUCGCCUCCUGACUGAGCUGAAGUCAGUGAUUUCUGUGAGGGCAGAGGAGAUGGGGAGGAGGGAGAGAAUCGCCCAGGAGAGGAAGUAUGGCCCAGUGUCCCCCGAAACUACUGGGGACAGGAAGUUAGAGAGUUCUGUGAGGAGAGAGGACUGUCAAGAGACAAGGUCUACUCCAGAAGAUUACCCAAAAAGGUUGUGUAACUCAGAACAGGAGAGUGUACAUGUAUGUUUAGAGAACGAAAAGAAGGAGCUUGAUACAGAUAAUGACUGUAUGAAUGGUGAAAAAUAUAAUAGAACAACUCCUGAACAGUUCAAAAGUGAAGCUGAUGAUACUAAAUCUGAAAGUGGACAAAAGCCUGACCCAGAAGGAGACAAUCAGAGUGAAGGUAGACUUUUUACCACAGGGUCUGAGGAAGACUCUGUACACUGUUCACUGGGGAAUUUCCCCCAUUCUGUCCCUAGGGACGGAAUUCUCCCUGUUCACAGUCCUAGCUUCCAGUUUUCCUCCAAUCUGGCAGCCAUGGCUGUUGCCAGAUCACGUGAGUUUGGACUCACUGAGGACACGUUUGGGGACAGUGAGUCAGACUCAGAUCAGUCGGAGGACCAGACGAUAGAAGGCUAGUCCUCAAAAUACAUAUACUGGUUGUUAAAUGUUUAAUUCAGAGGACCAAAAGGUGGGCUGGUAAUCAAAAUACAAAUACCAGAUGAUGGAGGACUAAUCCUUGUAAUGUAAAUACUAGUACUUACGUGUGUAUGUCUAAGUCAUAGGAACCAAACAAAAAAGUGCCAGGCCUCAAAAUACAAAUACUGGUCAUAUGUCCAAGUCAGAGGACAAGACAAUAAAGGACUUGUCCUUUAAAUACAAAUAUUGGUCAUUAUAUGUCUAAGUCAGAGGACAAGACAAUAGAGGGCUAGUCCUCAAAAUACAAAUACUAGUAGUUAUAUGUCUUAAAUCAAAGAUUGAAAAAGGAUUUGUUGCGAUGCAUGUAGCUAAAAGACAGAAUACCUUCCGCUAACAUUCAACAAAUUUGAAAUGAUGAAUGUCUUUGAGGGAUGGAAUUACCUAUAUUUAAAAGUCUUUUCAGCUGUGAAAAAAUAUUCAUCUGUAACAGAAACAUGUUCAGCAAGUGCUUGGAAUUUUAGUGAGAACCCUUGUGCACCCGAUUAGCUGAACAUGCCUCUGGUGUUUCUGCUUUUAGAGGGCCAUGUUUGUAACUGCUGAGUCGUAGAUAUGGGAUUGUGCAAUCAAUAAAUAAAAUUUUUAAAAUGCU